AAAGGCGUUCACAGGGAGAGGCGGUUGCUUUUUCUGCAAACUGACUUCCCACAAAUCAAUGCUGUCGGGUCGCGCGCCAGGAUCUCUGCAUUGUGGCCCGCUUGUUCUUGGAAACAGCGUCAGAGAGCAGCUGAGAGAGGCUUAACAUUUCAAACGUCUGGCGGUAGGCUGCAAAGUUUCCACCCGGAAAACACUGUCAUGUUGCAGUGGGCUGGGCCAGGACACCGCACAUCACCGCUUGGUGUUCAAUAGGAAUUAGUUUGUUGUAAAGUUGUGGUGCACAGCCUCUCUAAGCCCGGAAUCACGCUCUUAAUGCGUCGUUUUAGUUGCUAUUUGAUAAAAGUUGAUAUAUUUCACAUAGGCUAGGUGAAGCUGAUGUAGUCUAUGUGUGUUGUGUUUCAGUGCAGCAGAGUCAGAGUUGUUUUUUUCAGUUUUAAAUGCGUGCGUAAAACAGCCCCACGGUUGUACUUUAAUACGUAACAACCUUACACACGUGUCCUUAGUUGCAUUUUGAGUUAAAAGAACCUUGCCGUUUUUGCGAAAGUCUGCUCAGCGAUAGCAGCAACAUAGUUCACCACGGAUUUAAAAGGAAUCCGUGUUAUUAGUCAUAGAUGUCCUCUCAGCUGGAAGGAGGCCCGCAGCUGGAGACCAAACCAAAACUUGAUGUACUAAAAUCCGAAGAAGUUGUUGACGUGACAAGUCCUGACGGAUGCGUUGGGCAACUCGGCUGCCGCGGGGACGGAGGGGAGAAUAAAGUGGCCCUGUCUCCAGAGCGCCAUCAGCAGAAACCACGCAAGAUGGCCCGGAGCCCCAAAUGCGCCCGCUGUCGGAACCACGGCGUCGUUUCGUGUUUGAAAGGCCACAAACGCUUCUGCCGCUGGAGGGACUGUCACUGUGCCUGCUGCCUGCUGGUGGUGGAGCGGCAGCGGGUCAUGGCCGCGCAGGUCGCACUGAGGAGGCAACAAGCUGCGGAGGGUAAGAGGGGGGUCAGGUGUGCAGGUCCAACGCGGAGGACGGCGUAUCAGCGUUACACCAAAGCAGCCGAACCGAGCAUAAUGGCAAAGAGCAUCCUGCAGGGUCUAAAACCGGUGGUGGCGCUGGAGGACGACACCUCCUGCUGGUCAAAGCAGACACAGCGUGACCAAAUUCCCUUCACGUGUCCCCCCAUCAGCGCCCGGAUGAGGAAGAGGCGAGCCUUUGCAGACAAGGAGCUGGAGAACGUGAUGCUGGAGCGGGAACUGAGACAGAGGGAGCUGCAGAGCGACCUGCAGAGCGACCUUUCCUUUUCUUCAUCUUCUGCCCUUGUACCCGUGCUUCACCCUCCUCCCCUGCCUGUCUCUCCUAGCCUCCACUUCUGUCUUCUUAACAAGGACCCCGCCGCUGCAGGGACGACCAGUUAUGUGCCUGUGUAUAAAUAUAAGCCUCUGUAUGAGUGUGACGUCCAGUUCUAUCAGUUUUUCCACCUUAAGAGCAGGUCGUCCGCACAAAGUGACUAUAAUGACUUCUUAUGCCAAUGCUCGGAGGAAACCACAAAGGAUGAGGAGGUGCAGAACUGUUGGAAAGGCUGCGAGGAGAAAGAAAGACCCGAGCUGAUACCUCUACCGUCACAACAAAGACUCAAACAUCAUGGCAGUACCUUGUCAGGUCUAGACCUUGCCAAAUACACCUCAAAACCAACAGAAAUAAUGGAAUCAAAUGGCUCUUCAACCAUCACACGCUAUGUUUUUGGAUCAGAUCAGGGUAUCCUGGGCAGGCCAGACAUUAGUGCACCCAGCAGGACUUUUGAUUCCCGAGCUCUGACAGCUAAGGGCUGGUGCGCAGACACUCCCGCUGACCAGUCAGGUCCUCAUGCCAACUCUGUCAAGAGCCCUCAUGGCGGCUCAGUCAGGACUCCCGCUGUGAGGCCAUUACCUUUCUCUGUGGAGGCCCUGCUAAGAGCCUGACAGGGAAAUGGAAAGCAGUGUAGUGCACUUUGUGUAUGUGCGGACUAAGAAUUGAUGUUUGAAUUGAUAAUUAUAACAGUUGCUAGUUGUAAUACUUGUUUUGAAACACUUUUCUUGACAAGGGCUAUUUGCUAUAAAGUGAAAUAAUUGAACAUAAUAUAUGAACAAUUUACAAAACACAAUUGUUAGUCUUUGUAUUUCUUUUCUAUAAAAAUGUAUUUAGCUAUAUUUUAACUA